ACACUAUUCAGCUGUCCUCAACAAAUAUCGGUAAGGAUACAAAAACAGCUUGUGAUAAAGAUGUUGCUGAUAUUGAAAAUUGAAUUGAUGCACUGACUCAGUGCGUCAGUUUGAUUUGUUGGGUUACGUAUUCCAAAUAAGGCAAUGGAAAUGACGGAUGAUCCUCUAGUUCUAGUUUUUAAAGCCUUGGACACGGAAAAUAAGGGAUAUAUUACUGUGGAGCAAUUCGUAUCAACUUUUAAAGAAUUUUAUAAUUCAAGUGGAGCUGAUGGAGAAAGGCGAUCAUCACUUUCUUCGAACGAUAUCAUGAAAGUAGUGCAGACUUUAGAUCCAGAAAAUGACGGAAUCAUACAUUAUGAAGAUUUUAAGAAGGCUUUUGAGGGAAACGUAAACUUUGAUGAAGACAGUACAUCAAAGCACUCAAAUUCUCUAUCUAGGAAUUCAGAUGGGCAAAACGCAUCUGUAAGGUCGAGCUUCCUUUCAGACGGUUUGGAGAACAAGACUGAUGAUAGUGGUGUGCAUAUGCACGAUCCAACUUUAUUUGAUAUUGACACUGACUCUGCCUUAAGCGCCGAUGGACCAAACAAUUGUAGUACCCGUUUGCAACGGGGUGAGAUUAGAAGCAGUUGGCCAAAGCAUAGGUACAGUUUGGGCUAUCUUGCAAAUCCCUUAUCAAGUCUACAUCAUGGUCCAGAUUCUCCAGCGAGCGCUUCACAAUCGGAUAUAUUACUCGGUGAUAUGGAGUCUAAUUUUGAAUUGAUUCGAGAUCAAAUGCGCCGAAUGGAAGAACGUGUAGAAGGUCUAAAAAUCAACAGAAAUACUGAAAGUGAAACGCGCUUAGAUCGUCUACGUGAAGAGAAUGCUCGUUUAACUGCACAAAUCACUGUUUUAGAAGAACGUCUUAAAGAGGCUGAUGCAAGGUCGAGCCGUGCAUUAGAAGCUGAACGACAGCAUAUGCAAUCAAUUUUGUCACGCUCUUCGCGAGAACAUACUCAAGAAUCAGAAACGUUACGUGCUCGGAUUAUUUCUUUAGAAAGUGAAUGUUCCGAAUUACGUGUUCAGUCAGCUCGUAUCAAAGCAGACAACCAAACGUAUAUUAUUGAUCUUCGAAGAACCAAUGAACAAUUAACUGAAUCACAAGAACAAGCACGUAGUUUUCAAGAAGAAUUAAAAUCAUUAACGACUAAACAUACUAGAGAAAUGGAAGUUCUUCGAAAAGAUCGUGAUCAUGCGGUACAUGUAUUAGAAGAGCUGAAUGGUUCUAUGGGUGGUAAACGAAGAAGUCGAGUCGGUUCAGGUUCGGGUACACUUACAGCAGCCUCAGCUAGCACUGGUUCAACUGAAGUGUUAGCACGUUAUCAAGAGGUUCAAGAAAUUGUUCGUCGACUAACUGCUGAAAAUAAAAUAUUACGACAACAAGUGGAAGAAGCUCAAGAAGAAUUACUUACACAAUCACUUCAACAAGGUCAAAGCUUAAUACGUUCAUCAGAGAAAAGUUGGGCUUCUGAAAUAGAUAAUUGUACUAAAGAAGAGGUUGUCGAAUUAUUAUCCAAAGAGAAAUAUGCAAAUGAACAACUGCGUAAAUAUAUUGACGAUUUAAUCACACGAAUUAUUGAACGACAUCCAUCAUUGUUGGAGAUCGCAAGUGGAGGGGGUGGAUCAUAGAUUCAUGCUGUCUAUGAGUGUUUGCCGGUCCAUCUGUAUGUAUCUAUUAUGACCGAUCAUUUCAAUUACGCAACUAACUAACUGAUUUGCUUAUUACUUGGAUAAAACUAUAUAUACACAACUUUGUAAAAGAGGUAUUUUCUAUUUACUUAUAUAUAUAUAUAUAUAUAAAUUUUAUUUUCAAUAGACUACUAAUAACACCGAAAAUACAUAUCAUCAAACUUUUUUUUCUAUCAUAAACAAAGCGUACUGAUAACAAGUACAUAACCAUAUAUAUUGUGAAGGAAGUGUUUUUAUAUUUCUUUGUUCAAUCGAUUGUGAAACUCCUUUGUCUUUCGUGUCUCUCAUUUUGUUAUUAUUAUUUUCGUUGAACUAUUUGUCAUGUAUGUUCUCUUUUUUUUGAAAAAUGAAAUCAUCAUCAUUAUUAUGUCAAGCGUAACCAGAACAUAGUGACAGUUAAUUGCACAUAUUAUCAUUAAUAUUCCUACUAAUAAGCUGUUAUUAGAUUGUUGAAUAUUUUUUCACUAAGUGUGAAAUGAAAUCUAGUGAUGCAAGCACUAUAAAAUCGCUUGUUCAUUCUUACAUUUUAUGCAAGAUUAACACAAAUAUUAUCAGGAUAAUGUAAACAUUCUGUGAUUAUUUAAAGUGUUUAUGAUUUUUUAAGUUUUUUUUCUCUGUACUACUACUACUACUACUACUA